GGACUUCCCAGUCAACUUGUCCUGGCCGGUGCACUUGGAUACAGUACGAAAUAAUACAGAGUGAUACCUGGCAGUCCUGCCUUCCUGCUUGUACGGACUACCUAAGGUACUGCUCAGCUCGGUCGCCCCUGGUCCUUCCUACCUUUAGCUUCUUGCUCAUCCUUCCCUCCCCCAACCUCGCCUGUGCUUAGGUACGACAUGGUUCUCGGGACUCGGAACGAAGCCUAAACCCCAACCCUCCAAAUGAUCAACAAAACCCGACUCGGCCACACCCACGAUGUCCUUCAUCGAGCCACGCCUAAUCCACCUACUGAACGAUUCUACCACUCCACAUCUUUCCCAUACAGAAUUACCUUCCUUAACCGAGGGGUCCUCCGAGCCCGCCGAUCGACCUUUCCCCGUCGAGCCUACGGCGAACCACUUCGAAGAUCAAGCCCGAAUAUCGAUAUGUUCUGUGCCCGGAAGUCAUACAGCUCAUGGAGUUGGAGUCCCUCUCCUACGCCCAGGAAGCGGGGUGGAAGAUGGCUUUCUCACCAAAGACACUCGCAGGGGAGAUAAAUCGGCUUCAGAUCGGAGCCGUAUUCCUUUGGAGCUUCUUCUACGCGAGCCCAGUACACAACCCUGGGCCUCCGACCAAGUGCCGCCGCAUUUUGUUCCUGAUAGUCAAGAUGAUACGGCCUCGAAGAAGCGGCAUCGAACCGCCGCGACGAAGGAAGACUUACUGCAUCUGCCGCAGCCCGUCAAGAAGCAGAAAGCCUCGUCACAGAGUCUCCUGCCGCCCAUGCCGCCCAUAAUCAACGGAUUGCACGAGCCGCCCCCGAACGCAGCUCUAUUUCCGCCCAUUGCGCCGAACGCGUUUGAUGGUUCCAAGGGGGGCCAUCGGUCCACUGCUAUGAACUACUCGGGUCGCCAUGAAGAGACACUAGCCAGGAUGUUGCCUACGAACGCACCUACCGCGAAGCCUGCCGAGACGCCAACAAAAGCCGAACAAGAAAAGGGUCCCGUCAAGUCUCGGAAGAAGGCCAUGAAGCCAAGAAGAAAAUGGUCAGAGGCAGAAACGAAGCACUUGUUGCUCGGUGUCGACCGCCAUGGCGUGGGCAAGUGGACUGAUAUUCUGGCAGACCCAGACUUCCAAUUCAACAACCGCACCGCUGGUGAUCUUAAGGAUCGGUUCAGGACAUGCUGUCCCAACGAGCUACGCAAAGGCCCCCGAGACGAAGAGCCCACUUCCCCGGCCGACGCUAUGCCAACUGCUGUGCCAACUUCCACGGGGGAGUCCAAAAACAGGCCGAAAACCGGUCUCCUGUCGGAGAACAUUCUUAUCGACACAGAUGCCCCUUACAACUCGGCCCCGGUUCAGUCAAGAUCCGACGAUGCUGAAGCGGAGCCCAAGUCGAGGAGGACCAGAGCUCACAGGAAAAAUAUGGAAGACUUGGCGGAGCUGGGCAUCCAUGGCCCUUUCAAAAAGUCGCACCGCCGUGAGAGACGGCCCUUCUCCGAGGAAGACGACAGGCUAAUCCUCGAAGGGCUGUACAAAUACGGCCCGGCCUGGACCAAAAUCCAACGCGACCCCAAUUACAGACUCGCGGGACGUCAACCGACGGAUCUCCGCGACAGAGUGAGGAACAAGUAUCGGGACGUGUAUUUGCAGGUCGAAAAAGGCCUUCUCCACGCCAAGGACGGUAUGACACUGGAACCAUCGAUCCGCAUGGCGAUCAGCAACGCCCUGCAGCCCACGAAGCUACCGGCCUUGGACCACCCUCCAUCUCAACCGUGCUCGAGAGACGACUCGUCCCGUUGGCCACUGUCUGUCUUGGAUAACGGCGAGAACCCGGGCACCUCACAGUACUUUGACUCAUCCGAGCCUGCGCCUUCGGCAUUACUGGGGAACGCGGGCGAAAUGGACAUUGCACGUCUUCUUCUAGAUUGAGCCAGGGAGCUUCCCACAUGAACCCUACUGGUUCCACCCCUCUUUCAGUUUCGAAAUAUCGAAAUAUGUUCCAGCAGGGGCAGCAUGCAUAAUAUGCCCGCUCUUCUCGUGUCGGA